AUGGCGGGAGGAAUGAAAGUGGCGGUCUCGCCGGCAGUUGGUGCCGGGCCCUGGGGCUGGGGGACGGGGGGCGGUGGGGCGGUGCGGCUGCUCCUGGUUCUCUCCGGCUGCUGGGUCUGCGGCUCAGCCGGAAUUGAUGUAAACGUGGUCAUGCUUCAGGAAUCCCGAGUUGAUUUUGUGAAUACCAAUCAACAAUUCUGUUAUAAAAAUGUGCUUAUCCCAAAGUGGCAUGAUGUAUGGACACGGAUCCAGAUCCGGGUAAAUAGUUCCAAACUGGUACGAGUCACCCAGGUGGAGAAUGAGGAGAAACUGAAGGAGCUAGAGCAGUUUAGUAUCUGGAACUUUUUUUCCUCCUUUUUAAAAGAGAAAUUGAAUGACACCUAUGUUAAUGUGGGUCUAUACAGCACAAAAACCUGCCUCAAAGUUGAGAUUAUAGAGGACGACACCACGUACAGUGUCAUUAUGACCCGGAGAUUUGACCCCAAACUCUUCCUCGUUUUCCUCCUUGGACUUACACUAUUUUUUUGUGGAGACUUGCUGAGCAGAAGCCAAAUCUUCUACUAUUCCACUGGGAUGAGUGUGGGAAUUGUGGCCUCUCUACUAAUCAUCAUUUUCAUACUGUCCAAGUUUAUGCCCAAGAAAAGUCCCAUUUACGUCAUCCUGGUGGGAGGCUGGUCCUUUUCUUUGUACCUCAUUCAACUAGUUUUUAAAAAUUUACAAGAGAUCUGGAGGUGUUACUGGCAGUAUCUUUUAAGCUAUGUCCUCUCAGUUGGAUUCAUGAGUUUUGCAGUCUGUUACAAGUAUGGGCCCUUGGAGAAUGAACGAAGUAUCAACCUGCUCACCUGGACCUUGCAGCUGAUGGGCCUGUGUUUCAUGUAUUCCAGUAUCCAGAUACCACACAUUGCCCUUGCCACUGUCCUCAUUGCACUGUGUACUAAGAACCUGGAGUACCCUAUUCAGUGGCUGUACAUCACCUACAGAAAGAUGUGUAAGGCAACAGGAAAGACUGUCCCACCUCGUCUCCUGACAGAAGAAGAGUAUCGGAUACAAGGAGAGGUGGAGACCCGAAAGGCUUUAGAGGAGCUUCGAGAAUAUUGUAACAGUCCGGGCUGCUCUCCUUGGAAGACUGUUUCUCGAAUCCAGUCUCCAAAGAGAUUUGCUGACUUUGUGGAAGGCUCUUUCCACCUCACGCCAAAUGAGGUUUCUGUCCACGAGCAGGAGUAUGGAUUAGGGAGCCUCAUUGCCCAGGAUGAGACCUAUGAAGAAACAUCCUCUGAGGAGGAAGACUCGGAUUCCCAGUACCCCACUGUCACACAGAACAACUUCCUGACUUAGGUGGUGGUCAGUUAUUUUUAUGUGGACUGGCUUGGUACCUCGAUGGUCCAUGUUACAUGUGUUGUGCAAUUGCUUCUCAGCUCUUUGAAACGGGGUGAGAGAGUGUGGAAAUUCUCCCGCUGAGAUUAGAGGCCUGAGUAGGCCUUCCUCCAGAAAUGGUCUUGGUGGUCUCUUUGGGGUCCCUGAGGAAGGAGAGUGGAUAAAGUAGUAAAUGCUUCCCAUCAGUUAAGCCAUCAUGUUUCCGAAGAAACUGGACGGCCACAGCUAGUGUGGUGUUCUAGCUCCCCUUUGAAAGUCGAUUCAGUCAUGGCAUUUCUGCCACUGUGGCUCACACUCAGAAGAGAGAAGUCUGUGCAGCAAUGCUUUCAGACUACAGGCUGCAUCUUCCAGAGAGAAAUCUACAAUCAGAGCCUCCCUUCACUUCUGCUUUUAUUUCAGUGACUUUAGAAUAAUCCUCGUUUUAACUGUUUUAAGAGGAAAAUAGCUUUUGUCUAUCUUGUUUUUUAAAUGAAUACGUUUUUUAAAAUGUAACAAAUUCAUGUUCUAGAACCAGCAAAUGCUGCAGAGUGACAAGCCCCAGAGAGGCCCCUACAUAUUAUUAAUAUGGGUUCUCCAUUAAAGCCCCAGGAGCUGUGAUGUUGAGCUUUGAAUUAGUUCUCACGCGUGUGAUAUUCUAAGUCCUGCUUACUUUUAGGAACAUGCCUGCAGGCUCUUCUGUAGGGGAGGUCUGUGGCGCUUUUUAUUAUACAUAACUUUCAAUUCCAUCUUAAAAAUACGUCUGCGUUCUUCCCUUCCCGAUCCUCUUCACCCCCGCUGCCCUUUCAGGAAGGGUCUGUUCCCUCACCUGGGAAAUAUGUACAAUUUAGUUUGUUUUAUUUCUUUUAUUCUCUUCCCCUUGGUUUAUAGCGUUAUUCCUGCUAGUUAGGAAAAGUGAUCUUAUUUAGGGAAUUUAAAUGCUUUUUACAGGUUCUCAGUUUUUUCUGUCCAUGGGUCACAUAUCUUUGAGUGGCUGUGGAAUCAAGAAACUAUCUCCUUUUCCUUUCUCUUCCUUUGUCUACCUGUUCUACCUGUUCCUAUCAGCUUUCCUCACGACCGUACUCCUCCCUCAUGAAAUCUGGUUAAUUUGUAAGCCCCGAAACUAUCUGUGAAGUCUCUUGAUCCAGCAUACAAGUUGUAGCUAAGUAGCUGCCACGGUUUGCACAGGAAAUAGACCUCCAGAUAAUCUUCCUGCCUCUGGGUGCUCAUUCAGCCAUCAGGAUCAGAUAUGCUUUUCCAUGAACUUAUUGUACUUAUGUGCAGUUCUGUUUCUGACCAGAGAUGCAUGCUGCCUUUUAUUACAGUGGCGUUAGUUUCACAUUCUUUUUGCCAUCGGAAAGUACCCUUAUAAACCAGCAAUGUCAUUUAUGAGGGAGCAAAUUCCCAAGUCUCUGUCCUUCACUUGGUUCUUUCUUUGUGAUCUUCACUCAACCUGGGAAAAAACUGUAAUUGCUCAAUAGACACUCCUGGCAGGAGCACAGUGUCAGGUUGGCUGGCUUACUGUGAUCGUGGAGAAGGCAGAUGAUUUUUUAAAAAGCUGUGAUGACUCCUUCAGACCAGUCAUUUAGCAGAUAAUUUUGAAAGGCCCUGGGCUCCGUUGCUGACUUCCAAAACGUCAGCUCUGAGACUCCCCUCCAGGUGGCCAGUUGAUUAUUUCCACCAGUGUUUCCCACAGCUUUAAACUGUCCUAAAGUGACAACUACCUCAACUGGCAGCAAAUAGACAUAUAGUAGGAUGUGAAAAAUAAGGGUUUUUGGGCAGAUGCUGUGGGUUAAAGUUGCAGUCCCAAUAUAAAGGAGCUUUAUAUUGGGAAACCUUUAUGCCUUUGUGAAUUACGUACCUGGUGAAAUUGUACCUCUCUACAAAGAACUGUUAAGGCCUCUGGAAUAGAAUAUUUUUUUUGCCUCAUUUAUAGAAAUUGAGACCUAGCAUAUUUGAGCAUAAGUUGAUUUGAAAAAAUAAUUGAGCUGUCCGAGUAGUCUCAGGUUUCCCUGGAGACUUUGGUGCCUUCACCCAGAUAGCUACUUAGGGAGCUGGAGCUUGCUGCCAGGGUGACUUUUCCUGACUCGUGUCUUGAGUUCAGUGAGAAAGCGUUGUGAAGCAGAGAGAGAUUCUCCUCUUCUUCUGUUUAGUAAACUCCUUGUAAAAUACACUUUCCAUCUCAAGACCAGUUGUUUCCACAGUGUUUGAAUUUGGGGUGAGUAAAAUCAAACUCAGUUUAUUACUUUCUGUCUGGUAGUUGGAGAACUGAGCUGUAGGCCGUGGCGAUGACAGUGGGUCCCGCAGCAUGAGAGCUGUGCUCAGACAGUGAAGGACGGUGCCUCUGGUGUGCUGUGUGUCCUGGCCCUGCCCCAGGUGCUUCAGAGCCUCCGUGUGCCCCGAGAUUGCUUGACUCCAUAAACCUUUUUUAGGAGCUGCUCUUGUCUCCCUCUUGGCCACUUAGUCUGCUGUCUCAGUCACUACCUGAAGCCCCCAUUUAAUUUUUCUCUGGCAGUUACAGCUCUUGCAAUUUCAGCAUAAUCUCUUCUCUCAGACCAAUCUCAUCAAGAAAGAUUGAAGGCAUAACUAUGGAGUGAGCUGGACAUUGGAGCCACAUCUGCUGCCAAGUCAGCGUCUUGCUCGGCAAAUAUCAAGCUGUAAAUUGGCCCUGGGGCUCAGUGUCUCAUCAGCAUUGGAAAUCUAUGGCCUCUAAUCAGUCUGACCAAGUUGUGUAGAGCAUGACUUCCAUUAAUGGGAAUCUAAGAGCCAGCUGGCCUAAAACAUUUCCCUGUCACUUUCCCACUCAGCUGGCUUUCACUAGAUCAGUGGAACCAAUGACUAAAACUAAGGAAAAUUUAGCAACUUUGAUAUCCUCUGAUAAGAAAUUCCUAUCAAUAACCACUUCAUCCCACCCAAACUAGUUUAUUUCUCCCCCCAAAUUUGUGACUUGUAUGUUGAUUACAAAGGGGAUUUUGCUGAUAAUAGACUUUGAGUCCCCAUGUUCCAUUUUUUGCUGAUACAUCCCAUUCUAGGGCCUAGCCCUGUCUUCCUUGACUGUGUUCCCUUCAACCCAGUCCUCGCUUGGCAUAUACAAUAAAGAUUUGAUGAAUGAAAGGACCCAAGUAGGCCAGAUAGUCCCCCAGGCCCUGGUAUCCAUAAAAGGCUUGGGAAUGGAUUAUACAAUUGCUUCAGUCUUUUUGUUGUUCCGGAAAAAAAUAUGGGCUCAGAUGGAUGCCUGCGUAAAAAUGGUUCCUAGCUGUGUACUCAUAACUUUUCUCUGAAUUGAGUAGUGAAAACUGAAGUAGGAGGAAAGGAAAUUAAAUGUUCUUCUAGUAUUCCUUUGGACUCAGGUCUGACAUAUGAGAUAAUAACCUAUAUUGAAAUGCCAAGAAUUUUAUCUGAACCAAGGAGAGGACACUUUGACAGACCUAUUAUGCCUUCAUGUUACACCGGCACUGAAACCAAGUAAUAAACAUAUAAAAUAGCCAUUGCCCAAGGCAAACGAACCUAAACCUUGGUUUAUGUUUGAUGCAGCAGAAAUUGAUUGUUAUAUUUUUAGGGAAACCUAUGCAAUUGUGGUCCAGUGGUAUCUGUUGAUCACUUAGCUUAUUGAUUCAGUUUCUGUUGAGUUGGAUUCUAGACGGUUACUACCUUGGAAAGGAUGUUUGGUGCCUUAUGUGAUGGGGGCCAGAGCCUGCUGGGAACAAACAAAGCAGAUUCAUGCCAGCAUCAGUGCACAGCUUUGGUGGGGAUGGGAGUGGCACACAGCCCUCAUCCAUGUGUGUCGUCUUCCUCUUCACGCUCUUGACAAUAACUUGAAAAUGGUAAGACCACCUUCUCUGAACUUUCCUACAGCAUGGCAGUAUUCUUAUGUCAACAGAGUGGAUAGCUCAUAAUGUGAGUUAUUAGAACUGUGACAGCCUGCAUUGCCUCACUUUCCCAUGUUUCUGGAAUUGGUGGUGAAAUAACAGGGGUAAGGAAUCACUGGGUAAGUUUUACCCUGUGGGUAAUGCCUUAGUGUUAUUUAAAAGAUUUGUCAUUUAUAUUUAAAAUAAAUGUUCAUGAACAUUUGAAAGGAACAAAAUGAUCAGGGAUGGCUCUUUGCCAUGGGUCUCAUUUUCACUCUUUUCUGUAAGAAAAAAUAAUGAUAUCUUAUUAUAUAUUUUUUCAUUUUUAUUGUACGAGUUUGUAAGUAAUCCCAAUUUUAAUAAAGUUUUAUAGACUA